AUGGCAGGAGGCGUCAAGAAGCCCGUCAACGUGUUCAAGCUUAAGGACUUGAACGAGCCCAAAAACGUCUUCAACUGGCGACUCUGGUUUGCUGUCUUCUCCUUUGGACUCCUCGGCGCUGCCCGGGGUGUGGACGAGGGACUCAUCAGUGGUGCCUUCAACUCCAAGGACUUCCAGCGCACCAUCAACUAUGCGUCGUACGACGAAGCCACCCAGACCAACAUCAAGGCCAACGUCUCUGCCAUGGUGCAGAUCGGCUCUGUCGGCGGUGCGCUCUUCGCCUUUCUCAUCUGCGAUCGCAUCGGGCGAAUCUGGGCCACGCGCCUGCUUUGUGUGGUUUGGAUCCUGGGCAUUGCCAUCUUCAUGGGCCACGGUGGCAGCCUCGGCGCCAUCUACGCAGGCCGCUUCAUCGCAGGCCUGGGUGUGGGCCAGACUCCUGUGGUAGGCCCCGUGUACAUCGCAGAGAUCGCACCGGCAUCUGUUCGUGGUCUAUGCACCUGCAUCUUCACAGGCUUCGUCUACCUGGGCAUCGUCCUGGCUUACUUCGCCAACUACGGCGCUCAGGUAAACUUGGGCGAUACGACUCAUGCUCGAUGGCUCGCCCCCACAAGUCUGCAUAUCAUAUUUGCCGGCAUCGUCUUCAUCCUCACCUUCUUUCAGUACGAGUCGCCUCGGUUCCUGGUCAAGAAGGGCCUUCAUGAGAAGGCGCUCGAAUACAUGGCUCGCAUUCGACAUCUUCCACCAGAUGAUUUAUACGUGGUGUCGGAGGUCAACGCGAUCCGCGCCGCCCACGAGGAAGAACUCGAGGCGAUCAGGGGCGCAAGCUGGACAGGGAUUUUGAAGGAGAUGUUCCUGAUCCCGAGUAACUUGUAUCGUCUGUAUCUCAGUGUCAUGGUUCAGAUCAUGUCUCAAUGGUCGGGUGCAGGGUCCAUCACGCUCUAUGCGGUCGAUCUCUUCAAGAUCCUGGGUAUCACCGGCAAGAACGAGUCCCUGCUGGUCACCGCCGUCUUCGGCAUCGUCAAGCUCAUCGCGGCCAUUCUCUGUGCCCUCUUUCUCGUCGACGUCAUUGGACGAAAGCGCGCGUUGCUCUUGGGCAUCAGCCUACAGGCGAUAGCCAUGAUCUACGUCGCGGGCUUCCUGACUGCCGUGCCAAAACUUGGUGUGGAUGACAGCUACGUGCUCCCGGCAUCGGAAAAGGCCGCCAGCCGCGGCGCCAUUGCCAUGAUUUACAUAUCAGGGUUUGGCUGGGCACUUGGCUGGAAUUCGAUGCAGUAUCUGCUGACUGCUGAGCUGUUCCCGCUGCGCAUUCGUGCAGUGUCGACGUCUCUCGCUAUGACUUUGCACUUCGUUAACCAAUACGGUAAUACGCGAGCGCUGCCAAACAUGCUUUUACCCGUCUCGCAGGGCGGCAUCAGCCCAACGGGCACGUUCUGGUGUUUUGCUGCCGUGACCAUCCUUGGGGGAGUCUGGGUUUGGGUGUCAAUCCCCGAGACUCAGGGUAGAUCGCUCGAGAGCAUGAAUAGGCUGUUCGAGCUGCCUUGGUACAAGGUUGGGCUACACGGAAACGACGAUGCAGAUCGACAGGACGAGGCAAUCAACGAGAAGGAAAAUGGGGCUUUCGGGACGGCCGGUCAUGUCGACGAUAUUGAUGAGAAGCAUACCGAAAGGGAGUCCCGCGUAUGA